UUCUUUCUCAUAUUAUUCUAUCUCUUUGCACUUUCUUUUCUUUAUCUCGUUCUCCAUCUCCCAUUACCUUAUCUGGUGCUUCUUCUCUCUUUUCUCUUCCAUUAUUCGUCUUUCUUGUUCACAAUAGCAUGAACCCAUCAUUUGCCUUUGUUCUUUCUCUCAUACUCUACCCUUUUGCUUUUUCUGCAGUUUGAUUCUCUGCUAAAAAUGGUUGACACCAUAAAAUCCAGAGCAGAUGUCUUGAGUUUUGUGGGUUGUCGCUAUGGUUCUUAACUGUGCGUGUAUCUAUAGUUACGUUGCUUUGCUUUCUCUGACGCGGAGCUUUUGAGCUAGUUGUGUGUGGUGAAAUGGGUGUUCAAUUUUGGUGGGUGAUUAUCGUUGUUCUUGAGUUCGGCCUCUGUAUUCAAGCUCAGGUAUUGGAUUCUCAGGACCUGGCAUGCAAUCCAGAUGAUUUGGUUGCAUUGCGAGAUUUCAUGAGGAAUUUGAAACCGACGCCUGGUGGGUGGGGCUCAAAUUCGUCCACAGAUUGUUGUAACUGGGUAGGCAUCACUUGCAAUUCUUCAUCUUCUCUUGGACUGAAUGAUUCUAAUCUCACUGCUAAGGUAACGAAGCUAGAGCUUGGCAGAAGAAAAUUGGUAGGAAAAUUAUCUGAUUCUGUGGGCAAAUUGGAUCAGCUUAGGACUCUCAAUCUCUCCCAUAAUCUCCUCAAAGACUCACUUCCUGCGUCAUUGUUCAAUCUUUCCAAGUUAGAGGUCCUGGACUUGAGCUCUAAUGACUUGUCUGGUCCAAUCCCUCAAAGUACCAAUCUACCUUCAAUCAAGUUCUUUGACAUCUCUUCAAACUCCUUGAAUGGGUCUCUUCCUAUCCACAUAUGCCAAAACUCUACCCAAAUUCGGGCAAUUCGUUUUGCAGUGAACUAUUUCUCAGGUGAUGUUCGACCGGGUUUCGGGAAAUGCACUUUCUUAGAACACCUAACCUUUGGCAUGAAUGACCUUAGUGGUGGCAUACCUGAGGAUAUGUUUCAUCUUAAAAAUUUGAACCUUUUGGGCAUUCAAGAUAACAUGCUAUCUGGCCAGCUCAGCGCAGGAAUUGGUAACCUCUCUAACCUUGUUCGUUUAACUCAUCUUGCUCGGAACAAUUUCAGUGGUCUCCCAGAUAGUUUCAAGAAUUUUGAGAGCCUUUCUUAUCUUUCUCUUUCCAACUCCAGCAUUUUUAAUAUUUCGUCUGCUCUUCAAAUCCUGCAGCAAUGCAGAAACCUGACUACUUUGGUUCUCACCUUGAAUUUUCGUGAUGAAGAAUUGCCUUCUGAUCCUGGUCUGCAUUUUGAGAAGUUGAAGGUCCUUGUUAUUGCUAGCUGUGGACUUAGAGGUUCAAUACCUCAAUGGUUGAGCCGUAGCAGCAAUCUGCAGUUGUUGGAUUUAUCCUGGAACCGCUUGGAAGGAGCUAUUCCUACUUGGUUUGGCAACUAUUCCUUUCUUUUUUACUUGGACUUGUCAAACAAUUCCUUCAGUGGAGAAAUCCCAAAAAGCCUUACUGGAUUACCAAGCCUUAUUGAUAGAAGUAUCUUACUAGAGGAGCCUUCCCCUGAUUUUCCCUUUUUCAUGAAGAGGAAUGAAACAAGAGGGCUGCAGUAUAAUCAAGUUUGGAGCUUCCCACCAACACUUGAUCUUAGUCAUAACUCACUUACUGGGUCCAUCUGGAGUGAAUUUGGAAAUCUGAAACAGCUCCAUGUUUUUGAUUUGAAGAACAAUCAACUGUCUGGACCAAUUCCAAGCACUCUGUCUGGAAUGAUAAGCUUGGAAAUUCUUGAUUUGUCCCAUAAUUAUCUUUCAGGGACCAUACCCUCUUCUUUGGAAAAACUGAGCUUUCUGUCAAAGUUUAGUGUGGCCUACAAUAAGCUCUACGGUUUGAUCCCUUCUGGAGGUCAGUUUCCUACAUUCCCAAAUUCAGGUUUUGAAGGGAAUGAUCUUUGUGGUGAUCAUCGGUUCCCUUGCCAGGAAACUAGUACUAAAGUUCCUUAUGGAUCAGGUGAAAAAUCAAGGAGGAGAAACAUUUUUGUUUGGAUGGCUGUUGGGGUUGUGCUUGGAACAGCUUUUCUUCUUGCCCUCUUGUUCAUGAUUGUUUUACGGGCACAUAGCCGAGGGGAGGUUGAUCCAGAAAGAGAUUUUGAUGGAAAUGAAAAAGAUUUGGAAGAACUUGGAUCAAGAUUAGUGGUUCUGUUUCAGAACAAGGAGGAUAACAAAGAUCUCUCUUUUGACGACCUUCUAAAAUCCACUAACAAUUUUGACCAAGCAAAUAUCAUUGGUUGUGGGGGUUUUGGUCUAGUUUACAAAGCUACCCUCCCAGAUUCUAGGAAGGUAGCAAUUAAACGACUCUCCGGUGACUGUGGUCAGAUGGACAGAGAAUUUCGUGCUGAAGUUGAAGCCCUCUCAAGAGCGCAGCAUCCAAAUCUUGUGCUCCUUCAAGGAUACUGCAUGCAUAAAAAUGACAGGCUCCUGAUAUAUUCUUACAUGGAAAAUGGUAGCUUGGAUUAUUGGUUGCACGAGAAAAUUGAUGGACUGUCAUCUCUAGAUUGGAAUACUAGGAUUCAAAUUGCUAUAGGAGCAGCAAGAGGACUGGCAUAUUUGCACCAAUCAUGUGAACCUCAUAUCCUUCAUCGGGACAUAAAGUCAAGUAAUAUCCUUUUAGAUGAGAAUUUUGAAGCCCAUUUAGCUGAUUUUGGUCUUGCAAGGCUAAUACUUCCAUAUGAUACCCAUGUGACAACUGAUCUUGUUGGAACACUUGGUUAUAUCCCUCCAGAGUAUGGACAAGCUUCUGUUGCUACUUAUAAGGGGGAUGUAUAUAGUUUUGGUGUUGUCCUUUUGGAGCUUCUUACUGGGAAAAGGCCCAUGGAUAUGUGCAAGCCAAAAGGGUCACGGGAUCUGAUCUCCUGGGCGAUUCAGAUGAAGAAGGAAAACAGGGAAAAUGAGGUAUUUGAUCCAUUCAUUUAUGACAAACAGCAUGAUAAGGAAAUGUGUCUGGUUCUUCAGAUUGCAUGUAUCUGCUUAAGUGAAUGCCCUAAAGUGAGACCAACAACUCAGCAGCUAGUUUCUUGGCUUGACAACAUUGAGACAACGUCUAGCAUUCUUAUUAUGUAGCUGUGAGAAACUGGGGUUGUACAGGUAUAGAAAGUUCUUUACAAACAUUGUGGCAGAUAGUUCAUAGCCAUCCCUAUUUUUGUGUAUGGAAUCGCGAUCUUAUUGUAAAUAAACACCGAUAUACUUGUUCUUGGUGCUCUCUUUACCGAGAGUACAGGGAUCUAACCAAAAUGCUACAAAACCAGUUGCCAAAACAAUGUAAGUCCUUUCAUCGCCAAUUAGUUCUUUUGUUAAUUUUGAUUCUCAAUCAUGUAUAAUAAUAUUUCUGAUUUUUUUUGUUAUGAAGGUUGAACAUAGUGGAAACAGAAUUACAAGUUUUACUUCAAUAAUAUCUGAGGUUGAUAUCCUGGAUAGAUGCUUUAGAUGCCUUUAGUUGCAGUUGAAGCCUGGGAUAUGAUCCUUAAGCUACUUUCAUUUUUUUUCUCAACCAUCCAUUUUGCUUCUCAUGUUGCAGAAACUAGCCAGAUUUAUAUGUAUGCUUCAUUGCUUCUUUGUAGAAUUAGGAGACAAGUGCAUGUAUAGGUUUCUGUCUUAUAAUUGAAAAUUUUUGGAUAGACGGAAACAAGCAAUGAAAUUGCUAAUAGUAUAAACAGUAAA